CGCAGCCCGUGGGCGUGCAGAGCUUGAAGGGUCCGACCUGGUCAGGACGUUCUCCCGAGCCGCCGGCCCGCGCCCCGCUGGAGCCCGUCCCCGGCCGGCCAUGGACGCGGAUGUGACCCCCCAGUCCGUUCCUCAUCCCUACUGGCCCCGGGACCUACUGCUUGAGCGCUACCAGCCCAACGACAAGGCCGCGUGGCAGAUCCUGGCCUUCCUCGCGCUCUCCUCCGGGGCCUUGUGGGGAGCGACGUGGCUCCUGGCCGGCUGGCGGGGGGCGGCCGCGGCCCCCGUUGGAUUCAGGCGCCGGCUGGUCCUCGGCUGGUUCGCCUCCUGCGCUUUCAUCCACCUGGUGAUCGAAGGCUGGUUUUCCUUGUACCAUCAGGACAUCCCUGGGGACCGCUCCUUCUUAUCCCAGCUCUGGAAGGAGUAUUCCAAAGGCGACAGCAGAUACAUCACAGCGGACAACUUCACGGUGUGCAUGGAGACGGUGACGGCGCUGACCUGGGGACCCCUCAGCCUCUGGGCCGUGGUGGCUUUCCUCCGCCGCCACCCCCAGCGUUUCCUGCUGCAGCUUGUCAUCUCCUUGGGUCAGAUAUACGGCGACGUGCUCUACUUUUCCACGGAAUAUCGGGACGGUUUCCGGCACAGUGAGUGGGGCCACCCGAUCUACUUCUGGUUCUAUUUUGUCUUCCUGAACGCCCUGUGGAUCGUCAUCCCCGCCGUCCUCUUCCUCGACGCCUGGAGUCACCUCACGCAGGCCCAGAGAGCCCUGGACUCCCGUGCCCGUCCCAAGGGCAAGCAACAUUAAUGGCCACGUAGUUGGGUGGAGGCUUUCGCUGUUGCCGCUGCUCUGAGUUGUGUCCUGGAGCCUCGAUGUGAGGAGAAGGCCAAUUAUCUGGGGUGGGAAGGGUACUUCAAGUUCUGAAAAGUCCCAUUGCUCAACUGGGGCUAUUUUUGAUGGGUAAUUGAAGCAAGAUUUUUUCCCUUUCUCUCUCUUUCUCACACACACACACACGCUUCAUCUUUUCGGAUUGUGCUGUGUAGGUUGCUGUUUGGGUGCUUAGCCCGGGUCAGUCAUUCAGUCGUAUUUACCGAAUGGGAAGCAGCGUGGCCCGGUGGAAAGAGCCCGGGCUUUGGAGUCAGAG